CUGUGCCAUUCAACUGGACGAUUGAACCGCUUUGUAGCGCCAUGUCACCCAAGCGAUGGAAUGCAAUGCUGAGGUGUGAUUCGAUUGUUCCCCUCAUCUGAAUCCCGAACUCCGUCCUGUCAGUCUGUCACUUUGUCAAUCCGUUUUAGGGAAGUCGGCUCCCCCGCACAUGAAGCGCUGGUGAUGCUAUGCUCUCCACUUACCUGAUCUAUUGAUGAUAGUUCGAUGCCUUUUUCCCAGCAGUUCGUCCAAGUCACUUAUAAUUCAUUGAUCGUACCCUUCCUGCAAUAUCGCUUCACUUACAUAGUUUUCCAUCUCCGACUGUGCUGACGACCAUAACCUCCCCCCCGUCCCGUCCCCCACUUCCGCGACAUAACCACCACCACCAUCAACAACCAUGGGCUCUAACAACGCCUACGGUGGCGAAGAAGAGAUCAAUGUCUUGAUCACCGGCUUCGGUCCCUUCAAACAAGAAUACCCCCUCAACCCCUCCUGGGAAAUCGCCUCCCGCCUGCCCGCCGUCCUCCCUCCCCUGCGCGCCAAACAACCCUCCACCCAAAAACCGCCCUUGAUCCCUCGCGUCAACCUGCACGUCCACCCGGAACCGAUCCACGUCUCGUACAAAACCGUCCGCGAACUCGUCCCCAAGCUUUGGGCGCCUAAUUUCGCCGACUCCUCUUCUACCUCCUCAUCCUCAUCCAACCCCCUGCCGCCCACGCCCACGCCCACGGCCGCCGAAGCAACAACAUCCUCGGAAGCCCCCUUCUCCGAACAAGACGCCGCCGCCGCCGCCGCAAAUGAGGAACCCGAAAAAAAACCCAAAUACGACUUCGCCAUCCACAUCGGCAUGGCCGGCCCGCAACCCCGCUGGGCAAUCGAGCGCCUCGCGCACCGCGACGGGUACGCCUUGCGGGACGUAGACGGCGAGUUUUUGCGAGAUAGGGAGAACCAGCUGCGGGACGGGGACGAUUGGGUGUGGAAGGGGUGUCCGGCGGAACUGCGGACGGAUCUGGAUUUGGAUGUGAUUUUGGAAAAGUGGAGGGGAUAUUGUGCGCCGCCUGGUGGGCUUGUUGUGGCUUCUGGAUCUGGAUCUGGAUCCGAAGGUGGUGUAGAGGAGGGUCACGGUGGGAAGGAUGGUGGGAAGGAUGGGAAGGAUGGUGGGGAGGGUGGUAAGAAAGAGGGAGGAGGGAAAGCAAAGUUAUGGUAUGGAAAUGACAUCAAGGGGGGGGCCAAGGGAGAAAAGUUGGUGAUCAGUGAAGAUCCGGGGAGGUAUCUUUGCGAUUUCAUUUACUAUAGCAGCUUGGCCGAGUUGCAUAAGCGCAAGGCGGAGAAGAGGGUGGUGUUCUUGCAUGUGCCGUGCAAGUUGGGUAAGGACGGGGAGUAUGUGAGGAUUGGACAGGAGCUGAUGUUGGGGUUGGUGAGGAGUGUGGUGGAGUGGUUGGUUGAUGAGAAGAAGAGGAAGGGGGAUUUGAGGUGAUACCUCCAAGUGAUGAUAGGAGACAGGGGUGAGGUAUUACCGGUGGCUUGAUAUUUUGAAGACUGCGAAAGGGAGAUGGUGCGAUACACAGCGUUCAUGGAUGAUGAUUUACGAGAUACAUAUACGAAUCAGACGAUUAUAUACCUUCCGCUUAUUUACUG